GAUGGGGCACAGACUCUGGACCCAGGGCAAAGACUUGGGUGGGAGGUUUUCCCAGCAUGCCCAUGGUGCUGGCUGCUGGCACAUGGGGAGGGACCCUGGCAGGAGGGAACCUCGUGACUCGUUAGAAACUGCUCCUUAUCAGAUCCGUAGGGACUUUCCCGACUGCCGAGUUUCAUGGUAGAUCUGCAGCCUCCUCUGUAUUUGGAUUCUGGACAAGCUGAGAGGAUGAAGGGAGAGCGGGAGACAACAAGCUUUUUCACAUGUGGUGUGUCCACAGCAAAAGAAUAGGCAUAACAAUUGUACACUGCUCCUCUAAGGAAGGGGGAGUCCACAACUUUGAACAGCGGAGGAAACAAAAGUUACUCAUGGGGAAUUGGCAGCUACUGCCAAGAUGAUGGAAUGGAACAUUGGAACACGUCAGGCCCAGAGCUUAACACCAAAACAUCCCCAGCAACCAACCAGGCACCUGGCCCUGAGGAAAAGGGGAAAGCUGGGAGUGCCAAGAAGACUGAGGAUGAGGAGGAGGAGAUUGACAUUGAUCUGACAGCACCAGAAACAGAGAAGGCUGCCCUUGCUAUUCAGGGCAAGUUCCGGCGAUUCCAGAAAAGGAAAAAGGAUCCCAGCUCCUGAAUAACCAGCCUUCCCUCUCCUUACACUCUGCUCCCUUCCCUCUCCUUUUCCACAGCUCUGACUCUCCUGUGUCUUUGUCUCUUUGUUCCACUAGCGUCUCAUAGAGGCAGGUUCAACUGUUGUACAUUAUUUAUUCCAGCCCCUCAAGCCAUUGUCGUUGUAGAGGCACAAGGAACAUAGGCAAGAUGAAGAAUUUAAUAGGCAGCCCACUUGUCUAAGGGUGGACCAUUUUCUCCUGGAGAUACAGCCAGUAUCUUGAUCAGUACCUAUGCCUUCCCUACGAGGUUGAAGAACAAGAGGAUUUGAGGUUGAGAGAGGGAUCCCUGAUAAUGUGGGAGGGAGGGGAAUGCCUUCAGAGUAGGGUGCCCAGUGGUGGGGAAUAUACACUGUUCCACUGGUUACAAAUGUUUCACUUCAGUUAGCAUCUUUCCCCUUCACAUCCUUCUCAUCAGCACCUCAACUCCCCUCCUAUGAGCUAAGCCACAGUGGGAACUGGAGCCUCCCUUUCCCCUAGGCAGACCUAAAUCAAGCUGCUUCCAUGUUAGUGCAUGCUGAGUAGAUUAGUUCCAAGGAUGGGAGACUGGGACAAGGAAAAAUUUCCUUCAUCAUGUUAGUCGAGAACCAUAAGGGGCAGACAUGGAAGAGGUUCAAGGGGCCACAGGCAGGGAAAUGGGAAGAUUCAGGAAAGAAAGAAAAAUGAAGGAGGAGGAGGUCCUUAAAGAUACAAGUUACUGCUGGUAAAGGUGUACUAUGUAAAGGAUUCCUGGGGCUUUGCUAACCUGCCUACCUCUAACCCCUCACGUCUAGAUACCCUCAGAGGCCACACAAAUCAAGUGACCCCUAUAGUUCCCACCUGCCUCAUGGUGGAGUCAGAGCAGAGUUGGAAUAACCACUCUAUGUGAUUUUAGCAUGUGUAAUAAUUAUGAAAACAAUAAAAAAAAAACCCUCAA